AACGCGGCUGCGACCGGGCGGCUGUAGAAUGUUUCCUAGCUUUGGGAGGAAGCUUCGUUCUCCCUUCUCACAUGAGAGGGAAUUGGGUGGCUUGAAUAUGGACGCUAAAGACAAAAUCUGAAACUCAGAAUAUAGUGAAAUACAGGAGAGAUGACCUAAGCUGAGCUUGCUAGAGCUCAGAGAGGCAGAGGGUUCUGCACAGUCCAGCGUGGUGUGAUGGGACUCAUGUCAUAGUCCACGCUGGCCUGGAACUCUCCAUCCUCCUACUUCGGCCUCGGUACUGGGAUUGCAGAGGCUCAAGGCAGCAGUCCACUACACGGUCGGCUGUCUGUGCCAGGAAGUCGAAGCGGACAAAGAGGUGCAGUUCAGCAAGCAAACCAUCGCAGCAAUUUCGGAGAUGACCUUCCAGCAGUGUGAAAAUUUUGCCAGAGACCUUGAAAUGUUUGCCAGACAUGCUAAAAGAAGCACGAUUAACACUGAAGAUGUGAAGCUCUUGGCCAGGAGGAGUAAUUCACUGAGCCGGCUCAGAGCACUGAUGCCAGGGCUGCCCACGAUGGAUGGCGCCCAAGCCCGAGGGACGCAGCAGCUGCUGCUGCUGCUGCUGCUGCUGCUCUGGGGGGCCACAGCCACCGCCCUGGCCCUGGAAGGCGGCCCUGCCAGCCAGGACCGUGUGCAUAUGCAGGAGAUGGCAGAAAUAAAGAAAGACAGCCUCCUGACUUUGCUCACGUGGUGGGAUGAGUGGACCUCCCAGGCCAGUACUGGGGACCUCGUCGGGGGGCACAGCAGAAAGGUGGCCAAGCGACAGGAAGGCGCACCCCUCCAACAGCCCCCUCGCCGAGACAAAACACGCUGUAAAAACUUCUUCUGGAAGACCUUCUCCUCCUGCAAAUAGACUCCCCAUGACCGACCACACUGGGGGUUGUGAUGUGGACUCGAAUAAAAUGAAUUCAGCAGCACUA